AUGGUCAGAUUUCUGCUUCCUCUCUUUCAACUGCUCUCUGCAGUGCUUUUCUUCCAGGUUGUGCACGCUGGAGAAUACACAUGUGCUCCGGCCCCACUGAGUGAGGAAUCAUUUCCUUUACUUACUUCUUAUACGUGGCUAGAGCGUCAACCAAACGGGGUCUACUACGCUGAUCUUCAGGUUGGAGCUGCUAAGGGGCAACCGCCGAGGGCGAAGGUCUUUUACGCCCCACCGGGCAUCUCCAACAAGAAGGGUGUUCUCCGGUUUGAGAACCACGCCAAUUUCCGGAUGCUCAUGUGUGUCUCACAAGAUGAACACGGUGGAGCUCACAGACAAUGUUUUUGGCUUAACGCUGGUGACAACUGCACUACCAACCACAUCGCCUAUAGCCUCUACUUUAUUGCUGGCCCCAAGCUCUGA